AUGGCGCAAACGUUAUCUAAUUAUGCUAAACAAAUUGCCAGAUUGAGUGCAAGAAUAUUUGGCGAGGUGGUCCGGCCGACACCGUCCCCCAUGCUGAAAGUGGUGAAAAUUUUUUCGGCAAAACCGUUGGACAAGCAGCCUGAAUUUUACAAUUAUUACCCCAGACACGUCGAACUAACUUCACUUAUGAAACGGCUGCGCUUUCUUGGACUCUACAGAGAUGAACACUUGGACUUUAAAGAUGAAAUGAAAAGGUUGAGAGCACUCAGAGGAAAGGUUAAACCAAAGAAAGGAGAGGGGAAGAGAUCUCAGAAGAAAAAAUAG